ACAUAUCUAACGCACCUGUAUUACGGUAGUUUGGCACGCGCAUUUACGCUCAGUGCUGAGACCAAAUCCGCGCUCGGGCACGAAAUCCAUUUACUCCUCGGUAGUAGAGAGGACCCUGUUCGAGUCUCUUAGCUCCGUCUGUCAAACAAUCCGUUCGGUUAAAUCCGCGGAAAAACCUUAAACCGUGCUGAGAGCGGCGACGGUUCCUCGGUGAAACACACUGACAGAGUAGGAGCGGUUUGGAGAGGAAGAAUGGCGGAUUCGAGCAGUGCUGCAGCGGUCGGGGCCGCAGACUCCGACAGCGCUGCUGCUGCUGCUGCUGGGGCGGCUGGCACGGUUGCGCAUGAUGGAGCACCCGCACCGGGACCUAAGCCCGGGUGCGAAUCCGUGAAGGGCCAGUUAUUUGACGUGGGCCCCCGCUACACGAACUUGUCCUACAUCGGGGAGGGGGCUUACGGGAUGGUUUGCUCUGCUCUGGACAACGUGACAAGCCAGCGCGUAGCCAUUAAGAAAAUCAGCCCAUUUGAGCACCAGACAUACUGCCAGCGCACGCUGAGAGAAAUCAAGAUCUUGCUGCGUUUCAACCAUGAGAAUAUCAUCGGCAUCAAUGACAUUCUCAGGGCACGGCACAUUGACAACAUGAGGGAUGUCUACAUUGUGCAGACUCUGAUGGAGACGGACCUGUACAAGCUGCUGAAGAGCCAGAAGCUGAGCAACGACCACGUCUGCUAUUUCCUCUACCAGAUCCUGAGAGGCCUCAAGUACAUUCACUCAGCCAACGUGUUGCACCGCGACCUCAAGCCCUCCAACCUGCUCAUCAACACCACCUGUGACCUCAAGAUCUGUGAUUUUGGCCUGGCACGGAUAGCCGAUCCUGAGCACGACCACACAGGUUUCUUGACCGAGUACGUGGCCACGCGCUGGUACAGAGCUCCAGAAAUCAUGCUCAACUCAAAGGGCUACUCUAAGUCCAUUGACAUCUGGUCAGUGGGCUGCAUCCUGGCUGAGAUGUUGUCCAACAGGCCUAUCUUUCCUGGGAAACACUACUUGGACCAGCUCAACCACAUACUGGGUGUCCUGGGCUCUCCAUCUCAAGAGGAUCUGAACUGCAUUAUCAACAUGAAGGCGAGGAACUACCUGCAGGCCCUGCCCGACAAACCCAAGGUCCCCUGGGAAAAGCUCUACUGCAAAGCCGACUCCAAAGCUCUGGACCUGCUGGGCCGCAUGUUGACCUUUAACCCCAUCAAGCGCAUCAGCGUGGAAGAAGCCCUCGCUCAUCCUUACCUGGAGCAGUACUACGACCCCACAGACGAGCCAGUGGCAGAGGAGCCCUUCACUUUCUCCAUGGAACUCGAUGACCUUCCCAAGGAGAGGCUGAAGGAACUGAUCUUCGAAGAAACUGCUCGUUUCCAGGAAAACUACCAGGGGUCCUGAAGGGGUCCAAACGGCCCUAAAGAGUGAUGAAGCCACACAGAGGCUUGGAACAAGAAGACCCCAGACGACCUGCUAAAACAAAAGAAAAAUGCAACUUCAAGCAACCAACAAAAAGAGAAAUGAAAUAUGAACAUUUAACUGCUUAUCUUUCCAUUUCUACUGCAAGAGAGCUAAGUUUAACUUUGAUUUCUGUGGUUGAGAGGGGUGGAAGGGUCUGCUGUACUCGUACUGUUUCAGUUUUGUUCAUGUUGGGCUCUCCCUCCUCUCACAGUUGUUUUCCCGUCUAACAUCUGGCUACAUCCUGUCGCGUCCACAGUAACUCUCCUCUCCUGUCUCGCCUUGAUCAAACCUAUUUUUCCCCUUCCCUUCCUGCACCUUUUGCUGAUCUGUUUCCUCUUUCUGUCGCUCCCUCUCAUAUAAACACAUACUACUGUAUUAACCAACACCAUAACUCUCUUGUCUUGCUCCAUGUAAGUGACAUUACUGGGAAAACAAUGAGGGCUAAAUGAACAGGGGAUGCUCAUCGUGUGUGUGUAUGUAUAUACAAAAAGAUAAAAGCUUUUUUUUUUUCUUUUUAAGCGUGCUUGUCACAGUUUUUGUUUUGUACACCAUUGUUUGAGUGUGGUCAGAUCAGUUCAGAGUUGUAUUUGUAUGUUUUGGGGUUUAUAUUUUUUGCUAGUCAUUUUUUUGAAGACUUGAUUUUGAGAAAAAUAUUCAAUGUUUUUACUGGCAUGUUGGCAGGUUUAUAGAUUUCUUUGUUGUUGCUGUUUUUUUUCUGAAAACAACAAAAAAAAAACUGUGUAUGAUGUUCAUAUGAAUGCAUGCAUUCCUGAAAUUAACCAAAGUUGAAGAGAGAUGCGGGAAACUUGGCUGGGGAGCAAUUAAGGAAUAUCUGUCGUGGCUUUGAAUUGUACCAUAAACACAUUUCUUGACCUGUAACUCGUACCAAAUUCUGGCAAACUGAACUCUCCCCUCAGUUGUGGUAAUUUGGUUAUGUUUAGGAGGCGCUAAUUGUGUAAUUGUGAGUUCAGUCAGAGAUUUCAGCAGUGAUGCCUAAGCCGCCUUUUUUCAGAACAUUCACAGUACUCAACGGUACUGUGUCGAAACCUUUUGUGUUUUGUCCUACAGUCCUCAAAUUAGCAGUACGUGUGAGUCAGAGACUUGAAACAUGAUAACUUAAAUGGUCAGGAUCUACCUGACUGAUGUUUUACAGUGAGUCCUGCUAGAAUACUGAUAUGAGUCACAGAUAUCGCAUUACCGUAUCGUCCACCUUUUGGCUGCGUGACCCAAUUUUUCCACAAAAUGCCAGCAUCAAACAGCUGAUCCAGUGUCAGUAUUACAUUCCUUCUGUUAAAUUACUGUUAAAUCCCCCCCUAAAAUGUUACUGAUACAUAGCAGCUGAGCGAUGAACUGCUUGUCUCUUGAAGCCUUCUGUCAUUCCUUGGCCCGUUUUGAACCUACCUUUCCAGAGCCGUGUUUGGGGAACCCGUCCAGUAUUCUGGAAAUUUGGGUCUGGUUGACAUCAUGCUUUUCAUUCAACCGUGCUGUUUUUGUACUGCAUUCCUAUCUGCUACUGUCUGACCCAGGACAACAGUGUGGAGUCAAACAUGUACACAGGUUGGGGGCGGCACUGACAGUGAAGGCCCAAAUCUAAAGUUUAAGUCGCCACACUUGAAAGUACUUCCCAAUAAAUUAUUUUCAGACUGUGAUUCCUUUGAGGGUGGGACUCACUGAUGUUAGUGCUGAAUGUGAGUGGCCUGAAUUUCUGUCAGCAGCGUAGGGUUCAGCAUUUAUAAGAACAGCUCCUCUUUUUACGACUACUAUGAAAUCUGUACAUGUUGAUGAUAAAUGCUGUCUUCAUGUCAUAUGGAUAUGGACGGUAGACGUGCACCUGUUCAUGACAGUUGUAUGACUACAGAGUUGGUGGUGUGAGGAUUAAAAUACGGUCUCACUGACAACAGACCAGCUUAUCUAUUAAAGUUAGGGUCAGCGUCUGUCUUUGGCUGCUGUGAACAGUCCAUAUUUGUUAUGUCUUCAGGCCCCUCUGUAUUCAGACAUGCUAAGUUGGAGCUACGACACGGUAGCGGACUUGAACACUGUUUAAAACUCCAAUAUGACAUGACAAUGUAGUAUAAUUGACAACAUAAUAAUCAAACUCUGUAAUGUCAGAGUACUGCGCAGUUAUAUUCCUGCUCAUUGCACCACCAAGCAGCCAUCAUCCCUUCUUGUACAAUAUAUAUAUGUAUCCCAGUAUUUGUGCUCCUGUUCCCUCUCCCCUUUGGGCGUUUUCUUGGCUGCCUGUUAACAUACUGGGUGUUUAUUCUUCAGUGUGGGUGAUUUAAUGCUACAGAGGCACUCAUUUCUCAAGAGAUGGCUUGUUUCUUGGAGAGAGAGUGUGUGUGUGUUUUUUUUUUUUUCCAUUGUCUGUGUUCACUGUUCCUGUCAGUUGUUGGUGUCUGCUCCCCCCUCUCUUUGUUCUGGAUGUGACUGUACUAAUAGCUGCUUGUUGGAGCACCACCCGUGGGUCCAGUUCAGUCACCAGCUCAGCCUGCACUAAUUUUUGCCUGUUUCACUGGAACCAGUAGUGGAGAGCCCCCACCCCCCCCCCCUUAAAUGGACCAACACAUACACUGGAUGCUCUCUGUCGGUCAGGGCAGGCCUGUGAUGCUGAUAGACUCCACCUCUGGAGCGCUCACCAGCUUUGCUCUCACGACAGCAAAAUGUUUGAUUUGUUUUUGCGUCUCAGACUCGAGCCGCUUCAUGUUUUCUCAGAAGCCAUAGCCAGCUGGGAUCAGUGUGAGGCUUUUUUGAAUUUCUUUGGGCGCAUGUGAUGAUGUUCAUCCUUUCGUUCAGCCUCCUAACUUUGGCCACGCUUUACUCAAAAGGGCUGCCCCCCAUCCUUCCUCCCCCUCUUCCUCCUCUUCCCCAAUGUGACUGCUUCUCCAUAGUGGAACUGACUUUGCCCCCACUUUCCCUUCUCCCUCCUCAGAAAGUCAUCACCUGGAUGGUCAUUCGAGCAGGAAACUGACUCCAAUCAUAACUCAAUCAGCACGCCUGCACUUUGUUCCAGCCACGCCCUCUGCCCUUCAGGGUUGUUGCUUUCUUUCCUUCCCCGUCUUACAUCCUCCUUGUUCAGCUUUAAGUUUCGCCUGCUGUGUGUGUGUGCUCAUGGCUCUUUGUGUAUAAUUUAAGUGUUUGUGUAUCUGCUCUUCUGUAACAUAAAGCCAAGACACUUUUUUUUGUCCUGUGUGUGUUUUGGAAGUGUGUAUUGUUUCCUCACAGCUUGGGCCCUCUCCCUGCAGUUACCUGUGCUUUAACGUCUGUGAAACCUUUUUCCUCCAUUCUGACUGACUCAAUAACAGUGGCACAGAUAUUUUGUAUGUAUUUCAUUAUGGAUAUUUGGUCAGCAGUCAAGCACGCCCUCCUUGCUUUUUUUUAUUUUAUUUUUCUCUCUCUGACCUGCCACCAGACCAAACACCACCAUUGAAGCAAACCAAGAGGACCACAUUUUGAAAUCCUCCUAACACACUCUCUCUCUCACUCACACACACACACACACACACACACUCACUCCCCUUUCUCUUUCAGAGGAGUGUAUUUGUGUGCUUGUGAAAAGUUGCACUUAAACACACCAUAUACAUUCACACAGUCUAAAGGCCUGUCUGUCAUGAGGCCUGUUUCCAGAUAUUGUUGUUUUUAAAUGGCUGUUCUUAUUAUUGCUAUUGUUGUUCCAUUGGUGAGUUGUUGUAUUUUCUUUUUCUUUUCUUUCUUUUUUUGUUUUUUUACUUACAUAAAAGGGAGUUAAAGUUCUAUCUUUUUUUUAAUUAUUAGGAUGUUUUUAUUUGUAAUUUGUUCUUCCUUAUUUCUCUUAUGGGUGUGAUUAUUAUUGGCAGUGUUUUCAAUCUUUCUGAAACCUUUCUUUUUUUUCUUUGAUUUCCCCUCUUAAGAUCUUAUAAGGAAUUAUUUUAAAAGAAGAUAUAAGUAGAUUGUCAAAGAGAUAUGAGUUAUUGAGGGUUAUAGUCUGUAUAUUCCUGGGUAUUAUGAAUUAAACGAUUAACAAAGAAAGAAUUAUAUACAUAUGAUUAAAUAAAAUUUCCUGAUACUGUUA